UUGAACCGCUUCGGUUUCGCGUGGCUUCUCGGCACUCAUCUCUUCGGCCCUCGCCCUCGAGCAGCGCUAGGGGAUUCGGCGAUGGACGCAGAGCUCCUCGAACUCCAGCGCCAGUUCGAAUCGGCGCAGCAGGCGAAGCCCAGCGUUCGCCUAUCCGAGCGCAACGUCGUUGAGUUGGUCCAGAAGCUCCAUGAGCUGCGGAUCAUCGACUUCGAUCUCCUCCACACCGUAUCUGGCAAGGAGUACAUCACUCCUGACCAGUUGAGGCUUGAGAUGGAGACAGAGAUCAAGAAAUUGGGACGGGUUUCUCUGAUCGAUCUAUCGGAUGUCAUUGGAGUGGAUUUGUACUAUAUCGAGAGGCAAGCAGAGAAUAUUGUGGUGGAUGAUCCGCGGCUUAUGUUGGUUAAUGGAGAGAUAAUAUCACAGUCGUAUUGGGACACUGUAGCGGAGGAAAUAAACGAGAAGUUGCAAGAAUGUAGUCAGAUGUCACUGGCAGAGAUUGCGGCUCAAUUGCAAAUAGGUUCGGAGUUGGUGGUGUCUGUUCUUGAGCCCCGCCUUGGAACACUUAUAAAAGGUAGAUUGGAAGGCGGUCAAUUAUAUACUCCAGCACAUGUAUCACGCAUUACUGCUAUGGUUCGUGGUGCUGCAAGGGGAAUCACAGUUCCAACAAAUUUACCCAGUGUAUGGAGUUCCUUGCAGCAGCUACUCCAAGAUAUAGGUUGUGCUAAUAGUGUUUCUGUGGAUGGCACAUUUUUCCAGUCCUUAUUUAAUGGACUAUUGAAGGAGGGGGAGAUUCUUGGAUCACUGCGUGCCGGAGUUCAAUGGACGCCAGCUGUUUUUGGGCAUGCUCAAAGGGAAAGUGUGGAUUCUUUUUUCUCACAGAACUCUUACAUUGGCUAUGAUGUUCUUCAUAAACUUGCCAUUCCACAGCCUAAACAAUACUUGCAGUCCAGAUAUCCUGAAGGUAUUCUGCUAGAUGCAGUUUUUGUUCACCCUUCAAUGGUUGAAAUGUUGGAUGCUUCCAUAGAAGAUGCUGUCGAACAUGGGAAUUGGAUUGAUGCCCUUACAGUUCUACCAACAUAUGUUGGAGGCCAAGAUGCUUCAAAGAUUUUGUCCCUUUGUCCUUCUCUUCAGAGGGCAAUCAAGUCGUCACAAGCAAUCAUAUUUGGGGAGUCCUGUGUUUUUAGCAGCAACUUUGUUAAGGAUCUUUUCGAGCGACUGGAGAAAGAGAUGGACACUCUGAGUUACAUGAAUCUUUCUCAAGGCCUGUCCAGUGAUGUUCAAUCAACUAGUGUUGUCAAAGUUGGAGUAAGUGCUGGACAGAACACUGAACAAAAAGAGAUAGGUGAUGAUGUAGGCAGCAAACAUAAUGCUCCAGAAAAGGGAGGAAAAAAGAAAAAAGGAAAACACACAGGAUCUGCAAAAGCAGGAGCUUCUGAAGACAAUCUUGAAAGCCAGGAGAACCUCCCUAGUAAAUUUAAGAAAAAUCAGCGAAAAAACAAGAAUGCAGGGUCUUUAGAUGCUUUUGAUGCUAAAUCCAUUUCUAAAAAGAGUUCGGGUAAAUCAAAAGAUGAUAGUCUGGAUGUUCCAUCUGAAGAUUGGAUAAAGCAGAAGAUUUUAUUGCUUGCUCCAGAGCUGGAAGAAUUACGAGGUCCUGAAGAUCCACAUGCGUUGCUUGGACUUGUGUCCUCCCAUUUAAGGCCAAUGCUGGUUAACUCAUGGAUGAAAAGAAGGGACACAGUUGUGUUAGAGAAUGCUGAGAAGAGGAGGAAGCUGCUUGACAAUCUGCAGAGGCAGCUAGAUGAGGUUUUCUUAGACCUGCAGCUUUAUGAAAAAGCAUUAGAUCUUUUUGAGGAUGACCCUCCAUUAUCAGUAAUCUUACACAAGCAUUUGCUCAGGACUAUGGCCACUCCCUUGGUUGACAAAAUUCUAACUACUCUGGAUAUGGAGAACAAGCUGAAGAAUGGAAUUGAAAUUAAAGACAGUGAGAAUGUGGAAUCUACAUCGUUUACUUUUGUAGAUCGUGUUUCUCUGGCAAAAGGACUACCUAAUUCUCUUUCAGUUAAGGCUCAAGCAGUAGCAGAAGCGCUUGAGGGGAAGCGGUUGGAUACAUUUAUGAAUGCAUUAAGGGAUGUGGUGGAAGAAAGUGGCCUACUAGUAAAGAAGCUCGAUAAAAAAUUGGAAAGGACAAUGUUGCACUCCCAUCGCAAGGAUUUGACAUCACAAGUCUCUUCAGAAAGUGAUCCAGUUAAACUUUUGCCUAAGGUUGUUGCUCUACUAUAUAUGCAGGUCUAUAACAAAGCUCUUCAAGCACCUGGAAGAGCCAUAUCUGCUCUUAUAUCUCAGUUGAAGGACAAGUUACCAGAUUCGACAUACAAGACCUUAAUGGACUAUCAUAGUGCAACGGUUACUCUCUUAGCACUACAAGCUGCUGCGGUUGGUGAUGAAUAUGGCUGCUCAGCAGACAGGAUCUUAAGCCAACAGGAGUUGCUGGAAAGUAAGAUGCCCGAACUAAAAGCAUUGGUAUUGGGUACCACAAACCCGACUUCAUGAGUGAGGAGGCUGCCUAUGAAUAUACAACAAGAGAAACAAUGUUUUAACACAAUUCUGGAGGCUGUAGGGCAAAAUGUUAGAUCUGAACAGUUCAUCUGACAUCCCACCAGAUACAUCACUGUCCAUGUAGAAUGCUAGUACUUCGUGGCAACAUGUCUGUCUGUCUAAGGUUUAUUUCAAAGGCAUAUUGCUACAGAUUUUGUUUCAUUUCUAUAUAAUUAUCAAUUCACAAAA